AUGGCACGCAAAACCAAAUUGAUGCUUCGCGUAGAAAAGGAAUUCGACCAGCCCCUGGAGCGGUUGCUGCCGGAACUGGUCAACGACCAAGGAUUGACGGCGACGGCCGACACCCUGGGUGUCAGCAAGGCCACGCUGGGUUACUGGAUGCUCAAGAUGGGCAUCAACGUAAAGCGCGUCGCGCUGGCCCCUGGUGAAGUGCUCGAGGUCAAGCGCACGAACAACUAA